AUGCCCGCCCCUACUAACGGCUCUGCGUAUGGUGAGACUGAACCACUCCUCGGCCAACAGCAACCUCAGCAGCAAUCGCGCUGGAAAGCGCUCCCUAAGCAUAUCGCUGCCGUGACUUGGGCGACGCUCAGCAGUAACUAUGCAAAUGUCUUCCUUGUCUUUGUUCCGCUCGGCAUCAUCGCUGGGGCUCUGCACUGGAGCCCCACCUCCGUCUUCAUCCUCAACUUCAUCGCCAUCAUUCCUCUUGCUGCCCUUCUGAGCUUUGCGACUGAGGAGCUGUCUGCCAAAUUGGGCGACAGCUUGGGUGGACUGUUGAAUGCGACCUUUGGAAAUGCGGUGGAAUUAAUUGUUUCCAUCGUUGCGCUGAGAGAGGGCGAAAUCCGCAUCGUCCAAUCCAGCAUGCUCGGCAGCAUCCUCUCCAACAUCCUUCUAGUGCUCGGAUGCUGUUUCUUGGCUGGAGGAAUUAGACAACAAGAGUCAGAAUUCAACUCGACCGUUGCAUCGACCAUGUCUUCCCUCAUGGCUGUCUCUUCUGCGUCCUUGAUCAUUCCUGCAACGCUGUACGCGGCAUUGCGCACGUCCACGGACGAGGAGACCGAUAAGAAUAUCUUGCUUCUUUCCCAUGGAACUUCUAUCAUUCUACUCCUUCUCUACAUUCUAUAUCUCGUCUUCCAAUUGCACACCCACAAAAAUCUCUUCAAACAGGAUCAAAGUAAGAAAAACAAGAGAGACAUCGAGGCUCGAGCUCAAGCUCAAGCUGAGCAACAAGGCGAAUCUUCAGCAUCGGCUUCCACUUCACCCACAGAGCCGGCAGAACCCGAGGAAGAAGUGGAAGAAGAGGAAGCAGGUCAAAUCCUCUCCCCAAUCGCCGCCGGCAUCGCCCUCGUCCUCGUCACCAUCCUCGUAGCCGUCUGCGCCGAAUACCUCGUCGACAGCAUCGACUCCAUCGUCCAAACCGCACACAUCAGCAAGACCUUCAUUGGUCUCGUCCUCCUCCCCAUUGUCGGCAAUGCUGCCGAGCAUGUUACGGCCGUAAUCGUCGCCUACAAAGGAAAAAUGGACCUAGCCAUCAACGUAGCUAUCGGCAGCAGCAUGCAAAUCGCACUCUUCGUAACUCCUUUCCUCGUCAUUCUCGGCUGGAUCAUGGACAAGCCCAUGACACUCCACUUCCAGAGCUUCGAAACCGUCGUGUUCUUCCUAUCAGUCUUAGUCGUGAAUUAUCUCAUCCAGGACGGAAAGAGUAAUUAUCUUGAGGGCGCUAUGUGUCUGGGAACAUACACUAUUAUUGCCCUCGCUUUUUACGUCUAUCCGGAUGAUGCUAAGGGCGAUUUGAGUGACAGCUUCUUCCGAAACCUCUGGGGAAGGAAUUAA